AUGGACCUGGUGCGGAAACUCAAGCGGCGAUUGCGCAGCAUUGGCGGCGCGAGUGGAAUCACCGCGACAACCGGCGCGGGGGGGAGCUCCGCGGAAUGCGCGGGUGACUGGCCGUCUGGCGUCAUCAGCAAGUCCUUCUCCGUUGAAUGCGGCGCUCCUCACGCUGGUCCAAACCCGUUGCUAGGAGCAACACACUCACAUGCUCGUCCAGUCCCAAAGAAUCACAGCAGCAAUGCUACUAGUGAUAGCCGUCUACAGGGGAAGGAGUUCCACCUCGAAGCUUCUGGCGUGACUAUUUCGGAAGAAGAGGACCGGCGGCAACGGUCAUCAAAGCCACCGAGGCAAACGCAGCGCGCGGUAUCGCAGCAGCAACGGGACGCUGGAGCGGGAAAAACAGGCCAGCGUUACCGCGCCGACGAAUUCGCCGGCGACGCCGGCGAAUCCGGCGCAGAUCACUCACGGGGAUCGAGGAGCGACGCGGAAGACUGCGGGUCGGACGAAAUCAAGGGUGAUGAUUUGCAGCGGCGGCACACGUGGCAGGUUCAGGCGCAGCGUCAUGCGUCCGACGUCGCCGCUGCAGCGGCCUUGCCAGAGUCCGCGAAAGCUUUCGCAAACAACCGCCACUCGAGUAGCGACCGUAACGACGACUUUCCGUAUGAUUUCGCGCACUCUGCGAGCUUCGCGGCGUCGGGGACUCUGCCAGGGACCGGUGCAGCCCUGCCGCCGCGACUCACGGAAGCGCAGCUGCUGCUUAUACAGGCGGCGCAGCAUGCAAGCAGCAGCGGGUUGGCGAUCGAUUGGGCACGUCAGCAGCAGCAGCAACACCGGAAAGUGACCGAGUGGCUAGGAACGCUGUCGGACCCAGUCGACCCACUCACCGAAACUCCGUUCGCUAACGCGGAACUGCAACAGGAAGCGAGUUCGUCUAUUGCGAAUCAUGAGGCUGCCGCAGCACUGCUAGCGGCGGGUCGCGUGCCUCGCGUCGCCGCAUGCGUUUCGCCUUCUGAUUUUGACGGGCGCGCCGCGUCGCUCAACCCGCCGGCUGACGGAGACAUGCUGGCGACGGUCAACCGGCAACUAAAGCUGGAUUGCGCGGGCAGUCCGUCUGAAACGCCGAGUCCUGGAGUGCCAAGCCCGCGCGGCGUGAUAUUGCGGGGCAGCGGUGGCACGGGAAGCAGCGGGGACGGGGAAGAGGCGGAAAACGAUCGGCGGAAAGCGAACGGGCGGAGAGAUUGCGAAGCUAGUAAAGCGGAAGCGAGGGGUGAUUGGGCCCCAGGUUGCGAGCGGACGGCACAACGAGAUUGCAAGGGGAGCGGUAGCGUCGGCGACGGCAGCGAGUGCGGCGGCGAUCUUGAGUGUGGUUCGCGCAGCGGCAAGUGGGGAGCAGACGAUGCUGUCUGCAAAUCAAAGCAGCCGGGAGCGAUCGACAGCGCGUCGCUAACAAGCGUGCGCGUCGCGUAUAAUCAACUCGUGGCGACCCGCCAGUCGGAGCAGGUGCGCGGGGCGAGGGCGCUGCGGGACCUGGCGCGGGAGAGCGACGCGGUGCGGAGCUCAAUCGUGGCCGUCGGCGCAAUCCCCGCGCUCGUGUCGAUCGUGAAUCUCGCCGCAACUGCGCCUCACGUCGCCGCCACCCGCGACACCACCGUCGCGUCGCUUAUCCUCGAUGGCGGAGGCGGCGCGGCGACGGAAACUGGCGCGCCGCUCGGCGGUACUAGACUUAAUUCCGCUUCGUGCGAGGAAGGCGGAAAUGAAGCGACAGCGCAGGGAGGCCGCGAGCGCGCCUUGACUAGCUCGUUAGUGGACUACUCGAUAUCGUGUCUGGUGAAUCUGAGCAUCACUCGCGACAUGAAGGCCACCAUCUGCCAGGCGGGCGCCGUCCCCCCGCUCAUCCGCCUCAUGUGCUCCGCGCGCCCGCCCUCGUGCGCGCCCGCGUGCGCCUGCUGCGCGCCCACGUCCGCGUCCACGCGCGCGAACGCAGCAGUGGCGCUGCUGUCGCUGUCAAAGCUGAGCGACGCUACGAGGCUGCACAUGGCUUACUCGGGUGGUGUCGAAGCUCUCGUCCACUUCCUCUCGGAUUCUCCUUCUGACGCUCCUGAUUGCCCCGCUGCAGCUUCUGGUGCGCCUGCUACUGGUGGGUUGCAGGGCAGUGGCAGCAGCAAGAGUUGCAAGGGGCGGAGGGAGGCGGCAGCAGCGCUACAGAGCCUCGCAUCUGUCCCAGCAGUGCGGCCACGGCUGGUGCACGCAGGAGCCGUGCCGCUGCUACUCGAACUUGUCGGCCAUGCUGCGGCCUCGCAACUCACAUGCAGCAGCAGAUCGCGCGGUGCAGAGAGGAGGACGCAGCGGACGAGCCGCACGGAGGAUGACGCAGUGGCUACUGCCGAGCGGGCGCUGGCAGUGUUGGCGUUGCUUGCGGAGAGUGAGGAGGGCAGAGCGGAGGUGCAGCGGAGAGGGGGGAUGGAGGUGCUGGUGAGGGUGGUGCGCGCGGGUGGACCCACAGGGACGUGUGUGGAGCGAGCGAUAUCAGGGCUGACAGCUAUGGUGGGAGGGAGCCUGAAUUGCAGAUGGGAGGUGGCAAGGAUUGGUGUGGAAGGGGCAGUGAAGGAGGUGGCUAUCCAUGGAAGCGGGAAAGCCAAGGUUAAGGCAAUAAAGUUCAUGGACAUGCUUCAAGCACCUCCUGCUCUAGGCUGA